CUGAGUUGAAGUUGAGAUUGUAUUAUAAAGAGGAGUUGAAGAGGAGAGGAGAGGCAGUUAACAUCAACAUCUACUUCUACUUCUCUCCUGCCGAUAUUUCUCAUCACGUAUACAAUCCAUGAAGCCACAGAAGAUGCGAAGCCACCGCCAGCAGCAGCAGCUGUCGUGGCGGCGCACGGUGCUUCGCAAGUGGCUCAACAUACCUACCAGUAACUCCGAUUACUCCGCUGACAGCGACUUCAGCUUCAGCUCCGACUCCGAUUCUGAACAAGAGUCCCCCAACUCCAAGGACUCCAGGUUCAAAAAUGAAAAGCAUCAUGAUGUUAACUUUGAUGCUAAAGAGUUUUAUGAUAAGCCCAAAGAAUCCAGGUUCAAGAAUGAAUUAGCUCAAGAACUGAAGAUUGAUGCUAAUGAGGCUCUUCCAAGGUUAAGACGCCGAAAUUCAGAGACAGUCAGAGCUCUGUACAUUAAAUCCAAGGAAAUCAGGAUAUGUGCCGCCACCUGGAAUGUUGGAGGACUUGCUCCUGACGAUGAACUUGAUCUCGAUGGUUGGCUAGACAUUGCUGAGCCUGCUGAUAUAUAUGUGAUCGGCUUUCAGGAGAUCAUCCCGUUGAAUGCUGGUAACAUAUUUGGAGCUGAAGAUACCCGCCCAGUCCAAAAAUGGGAAAACAUCAUUCGUAGAACUCUCAACCGAGUUUCACCAAUGACUAGGUUCAAGGGCUAUAGUGGUCCUCCUAGUCCAUCGACGUUUCAGCCAACCGAGGAUGCCAUAAAUAUAGAAGACGAAGUUGCACUCGAGUCAGACAGUGAUAUCGAGGAAGGAUUCUACCCGGUGAAUGAGGAUAAUGAUUUUGUUUGUGAUGAUUCCUCUUUCCCCGAGGACUCUGCUCACUUCAACAAGGCACUGGAAAAAGAGUUGCUGCAGUCGUCUUCCUCCAGAAGAUUAGACAGAUCGCAGUGCUUAAAGAUCGAUGGUAAUGAGGAAAACAUCAAAGAGUCUAAAAUUCAGUACACUAAGAUAUUAUCCAAAACACUUAGUGGUACAGAAAAGAUAGGCUUAAGCUGGCCGGAGCCACCACUUGAUCUUUUAGGUCAGCAUAUUUUGGAGAAGCCUAAUUCCUUCGGUUCUCCUAAAUCCUUCAAGACUCUGAAAUCUCUCCGGACAAACAGCUCUUUUAAAUCUAGUUCGACAAAUGAAAGUACAAUGAUGUCCGGCUUGAAAGCACUAGCGGAAAUUGACCUUGGCUCCCUGAUAAAUCGGAAAAGAAGGUCAGCCUAUGUUAGAAUAGUGAGCAAGCAAAUGGUUGGACUUUUUAUCACAGUAUGGGUGCGGAGGAGCUUGCGAAGAUAUAUACAAAAUGUGAACGUUUCUGCUGUUGGUGUCGGUGUCAUGGGCUAUAUUGGCAACAAGGGAGCGGUAUCAGUUAGUAUGUCGGUACAUCAGACAGUCUUAUGUUUCGUUUGUACUCAUCUAACAGCAGGAGAAAAAGAAGUAGAUGCAGUCAAGAGAAAUGCUGAUGUGCAUGAGAUUCAUAGACGAAGCCGUUUCAACUUUUGCUCUGCUAUGGGACUUCCUUAUAGGAUAUAUGACCAUGAGAGAAUUAUCUGGCUCGGUGACCUUAACUAUCGAAUUAACUUGCCUUAUGAUCAAACGAGAGAGCUGAUAUCCAAGAAGGACUGGCCCAAGUUACUUGAGCAGGACCAGCUGGUGAGAGAGCUCAAGAAAGGCCGAGCAUUUGAUGGGUGGUCGGAAGGUUCUCUGAGCUUCGCUCCAACGUACAAAUAUGAGUUAAAUUCCAACGCUUAUAUCGGUGAGGACCCAAAAGCUGGUAGAAGAACACCUGCAUGGUGCGAUCGCAUUCUCUCCUUUGGGAAGGGAAUGAGGUUGGUCGACUACAGAAGAUCCGAGAUCAAAGUAUCUGACCACCGCCCAGUGACAGCCACAUACAUGGUGGAAGUGGAAGUAUUCUCUCAGAAGAAGUUGCAACGAGCACUCACUUUCACUGAUGCCGAAGUUAAAGAAGAGGAUAUUGUGACGGAUGUGGGAGUUAAUACUGAAUUUAACCUGCCAAUGCUAGAAGAGGACGCUUCAUAUUGGGAGCGUUGAAGCCAUGGUUGAAGAGGCUACAAGCGACCCUUGAUCGGGUGAUGAUCGUCUCUUGCUUUGAUUUUUUGUUGCUGUGUAUGGAGGGAGGUCAGGAGCCGGAGAUGGCUUCCGCAGGGGCCUGUGUAUGCGUUGAGUAUCAACACUACUACUAGUACUAAUGUAUGCGUAUGUCUUGUCUAAGAAUUUUAUAUGUAUAUAUAAAUAACAUGUUGAAGAUAUCAAAAUAUGACGGUAAGAAGCUUUUUUAUGGCUAUGGAAACUGAAAAGAGCCAAGAGACUGGAAGCUGACACCUUGUUCUUGAAAAUCAAGAUCUUUUCAUUUAAUUCUAAAAAAUCUAUCUCAA